AUGUAUAUGAGGAGUUUAUGGGGCCCUCAGGAACUUAGGGCUCCAGAUGUCAGGUGUUGUUUCUCCUGUUUCUACUUUUGUUCUCCUCCAAACUUUGCCGCUGAUCUUCUCCUCCCAGGUCUGAACGUCUGUAUGAGCGGCAGCGCCACGUCCUGCGAGGAAUGCCUCCUGAUUAACCCCAGCUGCGCCUGGUGCGCCCAAGAGGACUUUGGGAAGCGGCGUUCUCUGACGUCACGAUGCGAUUUCAAGCAAAAUCUGCAAAAGAGGGGCUGCGAGCCUCGCUUCAUCGAAUCCCCGAGGAGCGCGGCGUCCGUCCUGGAGAGCCGUCCCCUGAGCAGCAAGGGAUCGGGGGCGGCGCACGACGUGGUCAGUAUCACGCCUCAGAAGAUCUCCCUCAGCCUGCGGCCAGGAGACCCCGUCUCGUUCAACCUGCAGGUACGGCAGGUGGAGGACUACCCUGUGGACCUCUACUACCUGAUGGACCUCUCGCUGUCCAUGAAGGACGACCUGGACACCAUCCGUAUGCUCGGCACCAAGCUGGCCGAGGAAAUGGGGAAGCUGACCAGCAACUUCCGCCUGGGCUUCGGCUCCUUCGUGGAUAAAAACAUGUCCCCCUUCUCCUACACCGCUCCCAAGUACCAGGAGAAUCCCUGCAACGGAUACAAGCUCUUCCCAAACUGCGUCCCCACCUUCGGCUUUCGUAACAUCCUCUCUCUGACCGAUAAAGUGGACCGCUUCAACGAGGAGGUGCAGAAGCAGCUGGUGUCGCGGAACCGGGACGCUCCGGAGGGCGGGUUCGACGCCAUCCUGCAGGCGGCCGUUUGCAAGAAGGAAAUCGGCUGGAGGAAGGAGGCCUCGCACCUGCUGGUGUUCGCCACAGACGACGUGCCGCACCUCGCUCUGGACGGUCGGCUGGGAGGACUGGUCCAGCCGCACGACGGCCGCUGUCACCUUGACGACCAGAACGAGUACAGCGCCUCCACAAAGAUGGUGAGAGGAUUUGGUGGUUUAUGAGGGCCCUGGGUCGGUUCCUUGAUCCAAUGGAUCCAACAUGGCGGCAAACAACAAGCUAAUCGGUCGUAGUGAUGUAACUUAGGGGUCAGUUUAGA